CGAAAAUAGUCUCGAUGUGGAUGGGCACUCGACUUACAUGAUAUGACCGCCUUCUGUCCCCAUCACACCCUCACCCAUCCACCUCCCCCACUGCCUCACAUCCCAGCAAGAACAAGUGUUAAGUCCCAGGCUGCAGUGUGAAGCACACCCGUGCUGAUGUCAGAGCCGGGGUGUAGGGUCUUCCAUUGGUCAGGUUUCUGGGUUGAGUACAUACGCCAGUCCUCCCGAGUACACUGUCUAGUCAGGGCUGCCUGUCACUCCCCUCCCUCUCCAGUAAUCCAGUUCACAACCCCACCUCCACCCUCUUGACCCUCACCACCACCACGACCACCACUACACCACCACCACAGGAACAUGGCAACCACAACUCUGCCCCUUCAAUCGUGGUAUUUGUGUCCUGCUUUGUGGUCAGGUAUCCAUUAGAGGACAAUUUUAAGAACGCGCACACGCACACACCGACACACAUGCAAACACAAGAGCAAACUGUCGAGAGAUGAUAAACUCAGGUCCUGAGACCUGCCUCUCGACUACACACGACUCACUCCAAGCGACACAUUGCUGUGUGGAGAUUGUGUGUUAUCUCAAAGUGCAACCGAUUACAACUGUGUGGCUCCCACCACCCAACACACCCGCCACCCAACACACCCGCCUGUGCACACCAGCUGCUGUUUGGUUUCCCCGACCAAGACCCGAACUGGGUCAGGUUGUGCCAUCAGUGGCAGUCAAGCUCGCAUCAGGGGGGAACACACCAGAAAUAUUUGUGGCUACAACUUCCAGCAGCUCAUUAAGGUCAGGGUGAUGGAUGCCGACCAGAAUUAGGCAAAGGAAUAAAAUAUUAAAAAAAAAAAGACUACAGGAAUCUUUGUGGUACAACAUCCAUCUGAAGACAGUCAGAUCACGUGUGUGUUUGCUGACGUCAUUGGAGAUCAACCCAAUGAGGGAAUUUCGAACAUUGACCAAUCAGCGAGCCUGCUUUAGAAGGACAAGGCUGGGCAGCAAUAUGGCGGAAGAAGAUGUUUUGAACAGUGAGCAAUUAGUCCUGGAAACCGAUAUCGACGUCGUGGAGUCUCUACUGCGGACGUUGGAGGAGAUGACCGACACUGUGGUCAGUUGCAGCGAGGACCCAGACGACAGGGAAGCUUCCAACCUACACAGACUACUUGAGACCCCACUGCACAAUUUUUUCAACGCAAUGGCUGUGCGACCCAAGCAAGAGACGGGUGCUUCGUGUCUGUGCGAGGCCGGAAGUGCGCAAGAACGUGUUAGGAGUCCUCUUUCUUGUGGUGAUGUCAGAGGUAUUCAGAGUGAGGUGACCGAUGACAUAUUGUAUGAGAAUGUCGACAACACGCAAACUGUGAUGAUGAAUAGCCAGUGCAGUGAUCUUGACAGUUCGCCACCCGUUUCUUUCAGGGUUAAGGUCGUCAGCAAGGAUUGUUCACAGUCGUGUCAUCAACUGAACAUACCCGCCAUGCACAUGGGGGCAGAUGACGACGGGAGCGAUCGCCGGCAGACGGCCUUGUCUGACCUCUGUGACGGCCAGGUACCUGACAGUUUGACCUUUGACCCAUUUAGUUUAUCCGCGAGCUUAUAUUGUGAUCCGGUGGAUGGUUAUGUCGGGUCUGGCGAAGACCUUUCCUCUUUACUUUGCGACACCGCAGGACAUGAUAACCUUACUCAGACAGCAUCUAGAAUGCCACAGCCCGGGUAUGAUGUUCCUUGUGGUGACACCCAGUUGUCAGGCAACCAGAAGCCGAGCCCAUCACUCUGUGAGAAAGCAACGACCUCGAUUUCAGAAUCCAGCGCUCGGCAGCCAUGUUGUGAUGGCUACUCCAACGGCAGUGACUCUAAUACCAGCACAGAGUCUAGCAACCCCUCGGCGAUCUGUCUAUCCUCGUGGGAAAAGCUUCUCAGGGCCAUAGACGUGGAGGGAGAACAAGUGUCCGAGCCUCCUACCAACAGCAUCCGGACGGAGGACGACAUGCGCGCGCAGCACAGUUUGGAGGACGGGGCGUCUCCACGUGAACCGAGCUCUGAGUCCUCGUCGGACUCGUGCACCAACAGUCCCGGCAAGUCUGCUCGCACCUGCUGCAUGCCAUCACACCAGGAUGCAGGUCAGGGCCACGAGACGAAAAAACGGAAGAGACUGACGUCAGCAGCUCGGCAACUUCCGCCGUGCCGCGUUUGCGCACAGCCCGCUGCCGGGCUGCACUAUGGGGUCAACACGUGCGAGGCCUGCAAAGGGUUCUUCCGGCGCUCGCUACUGCGGCACCUUCCAUAUCAGUGCAAAGGAAACGGCAGCUGUGACGUCAGCGGCAGCCAGAAGAGAAUCUGUCCUGCGUGCCGCCACCGGCGGUGCCUGGUGGUGGGGAUGUCCCCCGAGGCCAUCAAGACAGGGCGCUACACCCGGAAGAAGCGGGACCAAGACCUGCGUGAAAUACAGCGCCUACAGACCGCCUCGGGGCUGGAUGGUCCGCCCUUGACGGACCUCGAUGUCGACGUGGUGGUCGCAGGCCUGCUUGAGGCCAACAGCCACGUGCCGACCAACGCCGACGUGGCACCUGACGUCAUCGAGCGCAAGUCUCGCGAGACUUACGAGAACAGCCUGAUGCGCAAAGACCCCUCGGGGCUGUCGGCGGAGGAAUAUGACGACAUCUACCGAACCACGGGCCUGGAUGUCGACGGCCGGCGGGGACUGAUUGAGCACAUGGCUCGGUGCAUGGAGCGGUUCAUCGUCGGACACGUCCGGUUCGCCAAGGGAGUGCCCGGGUUCAAAGACCUUCCUGUCGGAGACCAGGCUAGCUUGCUGAAGGCGGCCCUGUCAGAACUGUGGUUCCUGGCAGGUUACAAAGGGUUCAGGAAGAAGUAUGGAACCUUCUACUCCCUGAGCGGCGUGGUGCACACGUACACGCAGAAUAUUUACAUGUCUGGCAAGGAGGCCAGCGACUGCAUGCUCACUUUGGCCGAGAGCUUCCAAAAAUGGGACAUAACCAAAGAGGAACUAGUGGUUUUGAAGGCCAUUUGCCUGACCUUCACUGACCGCUGUGAGCUGGAGGAGAGCAGGAAGGUGGAGGAGAUCCAAAUGGCGAUGUUGAAGUGCUUCCACAUGCUGCUGUCCAGAAGACACCACAAUGCCAACAUGGCGGUCGCGCAGGCCCUCGGCAAGAUUGUUACUCUGCGGGACAUGACAGAGAUGGAGAGACAGCACAACACACGCUCUCUAGUCAAGGACGUGUACAAAGACCAUCCCAUGCUGGUGGAAGUCAUUCUUUACUAGGGUCACGUGCCCCCCACGUGGUCAUUGACCGCAAUCAGCGAGACAAAGUGCACAAACAAGCGAGACAGACGUGGAGGAGAUCGGUCCAUGACGAGACGGAGGAGAAGAACCCAACUGAAGGACACAUAGUACCGGGUCCCAUGGCGUGGUGUGAUCGAGGCCCUGUGCUCCACUGGAGGCAAACAGGACUAAGAACGAAGAGUGUAGACAAAAAUAUAUCUUUCUUACGACUCAAAUAGUUCUCAUGUAACUCCUGGAUAAGAAAUGUUUUUACCUGUCUGCCUGCUUGUGUUUCAAUCUAUAAUUGUCUAGAUUUAUAUAUAUACAUAUGCACUCAAAGCGAAGAAUUCUCAAUUUAGAAAUAUUUCUGUCAUUAUUUCACUAUUUAUUUAGAAUUGUUAUCAGACAAAAAAAAAGCAAACUAAAAGAAGCAUUCUUAGUCUAUGCAAAGACAUGAAGACAUUGUUCAUUAAAAUAAUCAGAUAUUAUCGUGGAACAUGUUUAGAAUACUCCAGUUUGUUUGUUUUUGCUUUUUUACUCCUUUACCUCCAUCGUACGUGUAUUUUGUUGAUUAAAACCUCCAGUCUGGGA